AUCCUAUCCUAAGUCAUCAUCAAUGCCACCGUAAACCCUGGAAGAAAACCAUUUAUCUCAAUAGUAACAUAAAGCUGGCAACAUUCCUUCCAAAUCCCCCUCACUUUCUCUCUCUUUUUUCUCACGAAAAACAAAGAAGAACUACAAUGAAGAACCCCCAUUCUCUCGGUUGUCUUGUUUUACGUUUUCUUUCAGUCAUUUGCUUCUUCACUUUGAAGGUCUGUUCUCAACAAAGCCCGGACUUGUCAGCCAUGGAAAAGCUUAAAAAAAGCUUAAAGAUCCCACCUUCACUUGACUGGUCUGACCCUGACCCUUGUCAGUGGGCUAAAGUGGAAUGUCAAGAGAAUAGGGUCACUAGGAUCCAAAUACCGAGCAAAAAUAUUGGUGGAACCCUUCCUCCUGAGCUCAAGAACCUGACUCAGCUCACCAUCUUUGAAGUAAUGAACAACCAAAUCAAUGGUCCAAUCCCAAGCCUUGCUGGUUUAAUCCAGUUGCAAGAAGCUAACUUCCACAACAACAAUUUCUCAUCUUUCCCUUCAGAUUUCUUCACCGGUUUAACAUCAUUGACUUCUAUUCACCUUGACAACAACCCUUUUGAACCAUGGGAGAUCCCAGUGAGCUUAAAGGAAGCAACUUCUUUGAAAACUUUCUCAGCCAACAAUGCCAAUAUCAAAGGAAAAUUCCCAGGUUUUUUUGACCCUGAAACUUUCCCAUCCUUGACUGAACUUCAUUUGGCUUUAAACAAACUUGAAGGAGAAUUGCCUGCUGAGUUCUCUGGUUCAAUGAUUCAGUCUUUAUGGGUAAAUGGGCAAAGUUUGAAUGGCACAAUUGAAGUGAUUCAAAACAUGUCCUCUUUGACAGAGGUAUGGUUACAUGAGAACAAGUUUUCAGGUCCUUUACCUGAUUUUUCAAUGUUAACACAGUUGAGGAACUUGAGUUUAAGAGAUAAUCACUUCACUGGUAUUGUUCCUUUGUCUUUGGUUAAUUUAAAGUCGCUUUAUAUUGUGAAUUUGACUAAUAAUGAACUUCAAGGGUCAACCCCUCAAUUUGCUGAUAAUGUGAUUGUUGAUAUGAAUGCUGGUAGUAAUAGAUUUUGCUUGGAUGAUCCCAAUGUUGCUUGCGAUCACCGUGUUAAUGUAUUGUUAUCGAUCCUCCAAUCUGUUAAUUAUCCGCAUAAUUUUGCUGAUGAAUGGAAAGGGAACGAUCCUUGUGAUAAUUGGCUUGGCAUUGUAUGUGCUCAAGGAAACAUUGUUUCCCUUCUUUUCGCAAAAAAGGGGCUUACCGGUACGAUCUCUAGCAACUUUUCGAUGCUUACUUCAUUAAAAACCUUGGAUCUUUCAGAUAAUAAUCUUACCGGCGUCAUUCCUAUGGAGCUCGCUUCAUUGCCGAAUCUCGCUCUAUUAGAUGUUUCGAACAAUCGGCUCUAUGGGAAAAUACCAUCUUUUAGGGAUAAUGUCGAUGUAGUUACUGCUGGAAACCAUGAUAUCGGAAAAGAUAAGGCCCCUACACCAGAAGCCAGGUCCCCUGGUGGAGAGAGUGCUGGCAUUUCUACUAGAAAUGGUGAAAAGAAAUCCAAUAAAGGCACAGUUUUGGGUUCUAUAAUUGGUGUUGUUGGUGGCUUGAGUCUUCUUGGUUCGGUUAUCUGUUUGUGUGCCGGAACACGAAAGUAUACUAGUAAGGUACAAAGUCUGACUGCUGUACGCGUUCAUCGUCAUCAUUCCAGUGACCAAGGAGUUAAGAUAACUGUUUCCAGAUCAAGUAUCACUGCUCCAAGUGAAACUUUCAGCAAGGCAAGCAGUGGACCUACUGAUGUUCACAUGGUUGAGUCUGGUUGCAUGGCGAUCUCAAUUCAAGUUUUGAAGAACGUUACAAGUAAUUUCAGUGAUGAAAACGUAUUGGGAAGAGGUGGUUUUGGAAUAGUUUACAAAGGGGAAUUGCAUGAUGGGACAAAGAUUGCCGUGAAAAGGAUGGAAUCUGGUGUUGUAAGUGCCAAGGGUUUGGCCGAGUUUAAGUCAGAGAUUGCGGUUUUUAGUAAGGUUCGUCAUCGCCAUUUGGUUGCAAAUCUCGGGUAUUGCUUGGAUGGAAAUGAGAGGCUUCUAGUUUAUGAAUACAUGCCUCAAGGGACCCUUAGUAGGCACCUAUUCAACUGGAAGGAUGAAGGGUUGAAACCACUUGAAUGGACUCAACGACUUACAAUUGCACUUGAUGUGGCUCGAGGUGUUGAGUAUCUACACGGACUGGCACAACAGAGUUUCAUUCAUCGAGACCUUAAGCCAUCAAAUAUUCUUCUUGGAGAUGAUAUGCGUGCCAAAGUUGCAGAUUUCGGCUUGGUUCGUCUAGCUCCAGCUGAUGGUAAACAGUCAAUUGAAACAAGACUUGCAGGAACGUUUGGGUAUAUGGCACCGGAGUAUGCAGUUACCGGACGCGUGACCACGAAGGUGGAUGUAUUUAGUUUUGGUGUGAUCCUCAUGGAGUUGAUCUCAGGCCGUAAGGCGCUAGAUGAAACUCAGCCUGAGGAGAGUUUGCACCUUGUGACAUGGUUUCGUCGGAAGUACAUAAACAAUGACACAUUCCAGAAGGUCAUCGACAAAACCAUUCAUCUCGAUGAUGGAAAACUUACCAGUAUUAGAACAGUGACCGAACUAGCUUGCCACUGCUGUGCAAGGGAGCCCUACCAGAGGCCGGAUAUGAGUCAUGUGGUCAAUGUGUUGUCAUCGCUAGCCGAGCUAUGGAAGCCAGAAACUCCCAAUUCGGUAUAUGGGGUCAACCUUGAACUGACAUUACCACAAGCAAUGAAAAAAUGGCAAGAAUUUGAGAAUAGCAAUUUGGAUGACUCUUCGUCAUUGCUAGAUAGUGCAGGCACUACACAGACCAGUAUAACAGGCCUGCCUUCCGGGUUUGCAGAUUCGUUUACAUCAGCUGACGCUCGAUAAAAGAACACAAUUUCUGAUUUUUGGAUUUGUUCAUUUCUAGUUGUAAGAAUUGCUCUCUUUUGCUAUAUCUCUGUAGUCUGAAACAGUUUCUAAGUUUUCUGAUUUGUUGUUUAAGUUUUCAAAAUGAAUUCAGAAAAAUGGCAGAUCUUAAAUUAACUCAAAAUCAAUAAGAAAUGGUUUAAUUAUUA